GUUUCUCUUUCGUCAGUCCCCACUGGUCAUCCACCUCUACCACACUCUCACUGGCCUGGCUCUGGCAGCUUUUAAUUUUGAGACAUGUUGGUAUUUUUUCCCUAUUUCAAAGGUAGUGAGUGCAUUGUGCUGCUGUCCUUAGAAACUGCAUAUUAGUCGUGUUAUUCUGCUAUUAGCCGUGAAAUUAAGUGCACAGCAGGUUUUAAGCAUGACUGAAGGCAACAGUGCUCUUACUUUUCGUCCAAUGGUAAAAAAAAAAAUCACAUGACUGUUAGUGCGGUGUCUGCAAUGUGUCCCGAAGCAUUCUCUUGCUGACUGCUGCCUAGCAAUGAGGAAGGAAACAGUUGAUACUGUGGUCCAUGGCAUGACAGGAAGUUCGGCUUGUGCCACUAAAGGUUUGAUUAUGUAAAUGCAUUGUGCAUCAGUGACUGAAGCAUCAUGUCGUGCUCUUCCUCUCCCCUCUCUGUAUGUUUGUCAUUAACGCUGCAUUGGAAUAUAAACAGCAGGUCUGUGUUUUUCCCGUUUGUUCAAUCACUUUGUGGUGCCCCCAUUUAGGGCUGCACGAUAUCAGAGAAAAAAAAACGAUACUCGAUAACAGCAUGCAAUACCUCGAUAACGAUAUUUAGAAAUAUAGCCGAGUGUUUCUUGUCACCAAUUUGUCGGUCUGUGUGUGGGAAUGCAGCUUUGGUCGUGGCAGGCUUCUCGCACAUUUGUUGAUAUUCAGCUAGGGAUUGGACAGCACAGAAAAUUCUCACUUGUUAUCGAUAAUUAAGUCAUUUUUGCGAUACACAUAUCGCUACUCUUGAUAUUGCUAUUUUGAUACAUUUUCGAUACAUUGUGCAGCCCUACCCCCAUUUCCCUUCUCUGUUAUUGCACUAGCUUGGGUUGGGUGGGAUCCCUUUAGAGUGUCCCUUUUAUUUCGACACUAUCAAACUGUUGAUUGGCUUGUCGUGGUGGUCAUGGAAUUUUCUGGAGCUGCCGAGUUUCCCCAUUGUUUUGUUUUCUGUCCCUGUGCUGCUGAAUCUGUUGGAUGAAUGAAUGCCAGCCAACUGUUGAGUUGUACAGGUUACACAUGACUGCACUAACAUCUAACACCCCCCUCCUUUUAUAUCUUUACCCUUCUCUCUCUCUCCGUCUCUCUCUCUCUCUCUUUCUGUCUCUCUCUGCCUUCUCAUAACGUGACUCCCCAGGCUCUCAGGUAUAUCAUUCUGCAUUAUGCAUUGUCAUCCAGUUCUUGUUGCUGAGGCUCAUGGGAAGGACAGUGACAGCCGUUCUGAGCAGCUUUCUCUUUCAGAUGACAUACCUACUGGUAGGAUAUUACUACACUGCCACAGAAGAGUAUGAUAUUAAAUGGACCAUGCCACACUGUGUCCUCACACUCAAACUGAUUGGUUUGUCAUUUGAUUACUAUGACGGUGGAAAAGAACCAUCUCAGUUGAGUGCCGAGCAGAAGAAUGGUGCACUGUCCGAAGUCCCCUCCUUGCUGGAGGUGUGUGGCUUCUCCUACUUCUACGGAGGCUUCCUGGUGGGCCCCCAGUUUACACUGCGUCGCUAUCAGCAGCUUACAUCUGGACAACUCUCGGACACUCCAGGAGAAUUACCCAACAGUGUGGUGCCUGCAGUGAAGCGCCUCCUCCUGGGCCUGUUCUGCCUGACCAUGUUCACCAUAGGAGCGCCCCACUACCCUGACACCUACUAUCUCACAGAUGAGUUCGAGGCACAGCCCUUCUGGUACCGCUGCGUCUUCAUCAUCCUGUGGGCCAAGUUCUACCUGUACAAAUACGUCAGCUGCUGGCUCAUCUCAGAGGGUGUGUGUAUCCUCGUUGGGCUCGGCUACAACGGUACGAACGAGAAGGGCGAGCACCAAUGGGACGCCUGCGCCAACAUCAAGAUGUGGAUGUUUGAGACCACGCCCCUCUUCACUGGCACCAUCAGUUCCUUCAACACCAACACUAACGCAUGGGUGGCCAGGCAUAUAUUUAAGCGAUUAAAGUUCCUGGGGAACAAGCUGGUGUCUCAGUUUGCCUCCCUGGUGUUCCUGGCUAUCUGGCACGGCCUCCACUCUGGAUACCUGCUCUGCUUCUCAAUGGAGUUCAUCAUAGUCAAUGUGGAGAAGACGGGCAUGGCGCUGGUGAAGGACAGCCCAGUGUUGACUAAGCUGGCCAACAGUCCUCUGUACCCCGCCAUCUACGUGGUGCAGCAGUUCAUCCACUGGCUCUUCAUGGGCUACCCUCUGGUGCCCUUCGGCCUCUUCACCUACGACAAGUGGCUCAAGGUGUACUCGUCUGUAUAUUUCUGUGGUCACAUAUUUUUCUUCGUUGCCUAUCUCGCCCUGCCAUACCUCCGUAAGGCGCUGGUGCCUCGGAAAGAGAAGAAGCAGGAGUGAAAAACAAAACAAACCUAAUGGUCUCUUUAUUUGGGACCCUGCCGUAAGCUGAAGGGAAAUCAGACAAGACUCUGAUGAUGAACAUGAAAGUGUUUUAGGCCUUUAGUAAUUUAUACAUGUAUAUAAAGCUGUACAUGUACAGAUUGUUCCUCUUUUCAUAUAUAUAUAUAUACAGAAUAUUUUUUGUUUUUGUUUGCUUUUUGAUUUGUUUUGCUUCAUUGGGGACAAUGAUUGAGGGAAAAUGAGAGAGAGACAAUUGCCCAGGCAGAGGAUUCUGUGCCCAUCAUCUCUGUCCAGUGAUGUUUUUUUUCUCUUUUUUUUUGCAUUUCUCCAUGUGAGAAAGAUAUGAGCGCGUGAAGAAGACAGCGAGCGAGUGAGGGGGAGAAAGAGAAAGAGAAAGAAAGGGGGAAGGUUGCUGUGAUGAACGAGUGGAAGGCCUCCCCCAUCAGAUCUAUGGCUAGGUUGUGGAGACGCCACAGCCAUCCGCAGGUGUUUGCGGCCCAGAAGAGGCUUCGGGACCCGGGGCCCAGCCUCACAUCUUCACACCCUGCCCUGCCCUGCCCUGCCCUGCCCUGCCCUGCCCUGCCCUGCCCUGCCCUGCCCUGCCCUGCCCUGCCCGUGGAGAAGGAUAUGGUGGCAGCUGAGGGCACCAAACCUAUAUGGCACUUUCAGGCUCCAUGUCGCAUACAGUUCUGCCUCUGGAAGACAGAAUAAGAGAUUGCUGCUGUUUCACAGGGAACGACUAUCUUAGUGUAGUUUUUUUUUUCCUUCGAAGAAAACCCCCCUCGCCAAUUUUCAGACUCACACUAAGCACUGUAACAUACAUGAGACAACAGACACAAAAGAAUGAAAAUUGCCUUGCCUUAUUGAUGAAUGUUUUAAUGUGUUUGUUGUUGUUGUUUUAUCAUUUUUGUUGUGGUUCAAGACUUGAUUGGUUAACUGCUGGUGGGGGUAGUUUUAUAGCUUUUAGAUGAAAAUUCAGAAAAGGGAUUGUUAUGUUUUAAUUCCACUCACAUCCUUUUGAAAUCCUUCUUCUCUCCACUGCACCGUUCUUGUUCGUUGGUUCAUUUGAUUAUUAUUUUUUGCUCCAUGGACCCUACAGCUUCCUCACUUAGUUAACUGUCUCUUGUUUGAACUGGAGCACAAAGCAAAAACUACAAAUCCUCUUCAAACUAAUUACCAAAACCACACUGUUUUUGUAUGAAGAAAGUUCACAAGGAUGCUCAGCAAACUUCAGUGAGGAGGCCAGAUCGAUCCUCACCUACAGUCAAACUGGAGCAGGACCUCACUGUAGCAAUGACAAUAUUUUAUUAUAUUUAUACUCACGGAUUUUAAAAUUCAGUCUGAUGUGAUUUCAAUGUUGUUAUUCCAGAGACUACUUUGCCUUAUUCCUACCAAAUGUAAAAAAAAAAAAUACGAAAAGAAAAACAAGGAAAUAAUUUUGAAUGAGAUCUUUUUGUAAU